AUGUCUCCCAAAUCCGACCACCGGGUGGAAAGCACACCGUCCCCGGCCCAACUCGAAGCACGCACCAAACAAGAGGCAGUUCAUCCCGAGGACCUCAUUGCCCGGAUAUCCACCAUCGACAGAGCAUACCAGGCCUCGCCUCCGGAUGGCGGUCCCCGGGCCUGGUGCCAGGUGCUCGCGGGACACCUCAUCGUCUUCAACACAUGGGGCUACAUGAUUAGCUUUGGCAUCUUCCAGCCUCACUACGCCGAGAUGCUGUCCAUGGACCCGUCGGCCAUCGCCUGGAUAGGCAGCGUGCAAAUCUGCCUCGUCUUCCUGGUCGGCACCUUUGCGGGCCGGGCCUUCGACGCCGGCUACUACAAGGCCGCCCUCGUCAUCGGCACCCUGCUUCAGCUCGUUGGCAUCGCCACCACCAGCGUCGCCCGCGAGUACUGGCAGGUGUUUCUGGCGCAGGGGAUAUGCCAGGGCCUCGGGUGCGGAAUCGUCUUUGCGCCCACCGUCGCCAACGUCUCGACCUACUUCUCCAAAAAGAAGAGCAUCGCCAUAUCCAUCAGUGCCUGUGGCGGUGCCACCGGCGGCAUGGUGUUUCCCCUCAUGGCACAGCAGCUCCUGCCCAAGGUUGGCUUCGCAUGGGCCGUGAGAGCCAUGGGGCUCGUCGUGCUGGUUUCGUCCGUCAUUGUCUAUCUGCUGGUCAGGCCGAGGCUGCCGCCGAGAAAGUCGGGCCCCAUUGUGGAAAUGGCGGCCUUCAAGGAGAGCACAUAUCUGCUGUUUGCCAUCAGCAUGUUCUUCACGCUGUGGGCUGCGUACUUUGCCUACUACUACGCCCGGGCCUAUGCCCUCAACGUCCUGGGCGGCUCCCAGUCGACCUCGUUUACCAUGCUCCUCGUCAUCAACGCCGUCGGUAUCCCGGGGCGCCUCAUCCCGGCCUUCAUCGCCGAUCGAUACUUUGGCGCCGUCAACACCUUUAUUCCCGCGAUAUUCUGUGCUGCCGUGUGCAUGUUUGGCUGGAUAGGCGUGCGUGACAUCCCGGCAGACUACGCCUGGCUGUGCAUCUACGGCUUCUUUGCCGCCACCAUCCAGGGCAUGUUCCCGUCCACACUGGCCGGACUGACCAAGGACCUGAGCAAGGCCGGCACAAGGAUCGGCAUGAUUUUCUCAAUCGUCAGUGUUUCGGCCCUGACGGGGCCCCCUCUGGCCGGAAAGUUGAUUGAGGUGAAUGGUGGGAAAUAUCUCGGCGUCCAGAUUUGGGGCGGCUCAUGUCUGGUGCUGGGUGGCCUGUUGCUCAUGGGGGCGCGGAGGGCAAGCAAGAGGGAUGAAGACACGAAACAAUAA